AUGAACUACGGCCACAAAGCGGCUUUCCUGCUCUUCACUGUGGCAUGGUUGGGAGUAACCGCGAACGCAGUUUGGUACUGCGUCACGCUGAAAUGGGCUUUUGAAGCGCCGGUCGAUUGCUUCGGCAGGGGCUUGGACUCUUACGGCAAGUGCCCACCCCUUCCCACGCCUGAGAAGCCUUCGAAGGGUCCGUCUGAGCAAAGAACGAAGAAAACGGCGAAGUCACCUCGCUCAUAUCCGCCCCCGGACACUUAUGUCAACGAACACCGAGGUACAACACCAUCCCCUCCAAUGAGUGAGACGAUUGUUUCAGAUCCAUACGUGAAAAAAGACUACACUCCGUCGCGCCCGGAGCCCUCGGAGGCCGACAAAUACCGAGGUACUGAGCCAUAUCCCCCAGUGAUUGAGAAGAUUGUCUCAGGUCCAGACUUGAAAAAAGAGUACACCCCGUCGCCGUCUGACACCUAUGCCAACGAACACCGAGGUACUGAGAAAUCCCACCCAGUGGUUGAGAAGACUGUUUCAGAUCCAGACGUGAAAAAAGAAGAAAAGCUGUCGCUUCCGGAACCUUCUGAGACCGACAAAUACCGAGGUUUGGAACAAAAACCACCCGCUGUUAAAUCUGUCGAAGACAGAGAUAGCGUCAGCAAGGAUCUCGAGGAGGAAAAGACCCUGCGCCCUGUGAUACCGCCAGAGAAGGCAAAGCUGCCAGUAAAGGAGCUAGGAGGUGAGUCUCCCGACCUAGUCCACAAAGAAAUACCCAAACCGACUCAUGAAAUCCCAGACCCCGUGGAAAAAACGUUAAAGGUCGUCGAGCCUGUGCCUAAGGUAGUGCCCGAAGUCGUUGUUAAAAAACCUGGACAGGCCAAAAAGAAAAAGGCCAAAACCAAAAUACCGAAGCGCAGCGUUAGACCCGACGGGUUGAGCGACGAUUGGCAAUAA